CUCGGCUGGUUCUGUCGCCGGCGACAGGAGUGUAUGGUGAGGGUGCCGCGCCAACGGUGGCUCUCGCAGUAUUAGUUCUGCUCUGUUCUGUGCUCCUUCGUCUGCCAGCUGUCAUCUGGUGCCAUCGGCGAGGAUUUUACUGUUGAAAGACGACUGGACCGGUAAACGUUCCGUGUGUAGUGUCUUUUGUCGAAGUGUCGCGAGAUGAGAUGUGGACGCUUAUCUGACUGAAUGGCAGCUCAGAUUUUUUGAUUUCGCGUCAGUUGCGUUUUUAUUUUGUUGUCAAGAUACGUCAUUUGUCAGUGGUGUUUGUCAACAAAGUUUUGGCCAAGGAAACUGUACCAGUGCUGUAUAGAUAGCAGUGCACGAAACGGAAUACGUUACGAAGAUCGGUAUAAUAUGUUACAGCCAGUGGUGUUCUUCUUCAUGGCGUGUGAUCAUGUGUGAAUAUUAACCCGAAUUAGAUGCUGGCUUUGCCCCUAACCUAUUUAUAUUUAUAGUACCGUAAGCCUUCGUAAAUCAAGCACAGUGUUCCUCAGAAUUCACGUCUCUCCUCGAAUGGGGUCGUCAGGGAAAAGUUUGUCAAAUUUGCUGAUGUCAUAAAAGUGGUGGGAUUGAUCGCGAGUCAUUGUAUAUUUGUGGUGUCAGUUCGAAAACCUCCCUCCCCGUGAUUUCUUGUGACAUGGCAAAAAAAUCAAGUGUGAUUUAGUACCUUCUGUUCUUUUAAUGUAAUUUAGCUCAUUCUGUGCCUUUCUUGGAUGACGCAGAGAUUGUGUCUGAAAGCGCACGUGCAGCAGUGCAUUGUAGAAUUCUAAAUUGAAGCAUUGUUGUUGUUAUUGUGAUCUGUUGUGGUGAUGUUGCAACCAGAAAACCUUGAAGGAAAUGUGAAUAUAUGAGAUUGGUGUAAACUCACUGACAUUUAAAAAAAAAAAAAGAUUGGAAGGUUGGUUGGUGUGGCCGUGCUCUCAAUACAUCCUUCACGAGAGAGAGAGAGAGAGAGAGAGAGAGAGAGAGAGAGAGAGAGCUCGGAGGAACGAGAUACGAGGAAAUGUGGUUUCCAGCCAAGCACUGCGGCCAGUCUGACGUCGUCUCCUGCUCCCCGUUCAAGACGGCGGGAAUCACGACCAGAAAAGAAGACUAAUAAGGACUUUCAACGCCUCGUUAUCGAAGUCCGUCACCCCUGCGACGCCAUCUGCGUCGUCGUCUUCGUCACCGUCGACGACUUCUCUCGAGUCGCCCAAAACCCUACGAAGUGGUCCUCACUCGCCGUCAUCAAUGGGCGAGGGGGACACUGACUCCGGAGAAUUUUUCGGGGAGUGUCUCUGCCUGGGGAAGGUCCUGGGGAGGACGUUGCCACCUUAUAAGCCUCCUUCGUCCUCAUUCACCUCCUCUUCCUCUUCCUCCUCCUCAACCUUCGCGUCCUCCUCCUCCUCCACUUUUUCCACCACCUCCGCCUCCUUCCUCCACGCCUCCACCUUCUCGCAGCCCCAGAGGGCUAAUCUCAACUUGUCGCCCGUGUCGCCAGGUUUCCCGUCCGAUGAAUUUGAUGAUGAUGAUGAGGAGGAGGAGAUGAGGUUGAGGGAGAGGGAGGAGAGGGGUAGGGAGGGGUACAGUGUCCACAAUGGCCACUACAGCACCAGCACCAGCAGCACCACCACCACCAGUAGAGGAGGAAUCCUAUCCAAAAGUCAUCGGACCCGGGUUCGGCUGGAGACGUCCACCAACAGCCCCAUUUUCCUGAAAGUGGACCCCGAGCUGAUCUUCACGAAACAAGAGAGGAUCGGCAAAGGUUCCUUUGGCGAAGUAUUUAAGGGUGUCGAUAAACGCACAACCCAAGUUGUUGCCAUUAAGAUUAUCGAUUUAGAAGAAGCCGAAGAUGAAAUCGAAGAUAUCCAGCAGGAGAUUAUGGUGCUUUCUCAAUGUGACUCCCCUUACGUCACAAAGUAUUAUGGCUCCUAUCUCAAAGGAACAAAAUUAUGGAUCAUCAUGGAGUAUCUGGGCGGAGGUUCUGCCUUGGACCUGAUGAAAGCAGGAAGCUUUGAGGAGAUGCACAUAGCCAUUAUUCUUAGAGAAGUAUUAAAAGGGUUGGAUUACUUGCAUUCUGAAAGAAAGCUACAUCGUGAUAUUAAAGCCGCUAAUGUCUUGCUAAGCGAAAUGGGAGACGUGAAAUUAGCAGAUUUUGGUGUCGCUGGACAGCUAACAAACACGACAAGUAAAAGGAACACCUUUGUUGGUACCCCAUUUUGGAUGGCACCUGAAGUCAUCAAGCAGUCUGCCUAUGAUUCUAAGGCUGACAUAUGGUCGUUAGGCAUAACAGCUAUUGAAUUGGCAAAAGGGGAGCCUCCAAAUAGCGAUCUUCACCCCAUGCGAGUCCUCUUCCUCAUACCUAAAAAUAACCCACCCCAGCUCACAGGAAACUACAGCAAACCAUUUAAAGAAUUUGUUGAAGCCUGUUUGAACAAAGAUCCAGAAAAUAGACCUACUGCCAAAGAAUUGCUGAAAUUUGCCUUUAUUCGCAAGGCAAAGAAGAAUUCCUAUCUCAUGGAUCUGAUAGACAGAUACAAGUCUUACAGAAAAAAUAACACGGAUACCGACACAGACUCUGAUCCCUCUGAUUCUGAAGACAGUCGUGUAGAGAGUGACAUAGAAGACCCAGCAUGGAUUAUGACAGUGAGAGGGCAACCAGGAGGAUUUACUUCAGGUAGUAUUCAAGAGAAUAUGCCAACAAUUGACUCUUUGUCACUACCUUCAUCGCCGCCUCCUGAGUACAACAGUUUACCAGCAUCGUCGAUCUCUCAGUCACCUCCAAAAGAUAAUGGUGUAAUAUACAGGGAGAAAACAUCCUCUCCGACUCGUCCAACAACAGUUGCACCACCACCACCUACUGAUGAGAAGCGAGACUCCCGUCAUAAAGAACACAGGUCGUCUAGAGAGAUGGAUCUUUCUCCUAGAUCUACCGAACCUCACACAAAUGGGGAUGACAGGCGUAUAUCUCGUGAAUUUGAUCAAGACACUGACCGUCCAGAACGAAACGACAUUAACAUGAUUGACAGGCGACACAAUAGAGAUGUCCACCACUCACGAGACAAUAAGGUUAACUCCGAUGUUCAACAGUCCAGAAGAUCAGAGCAUCGUAUCAAUUCUUCUCACCCACAGUCACCAAGGGCAUUGUCUCCACCCCCUACAACUAGUACAUUAUCAGGGGUAGUUUUACCACUUAUAUCAGAGCUUCAACGCCGUCAUCGACACAACAGUCGAGGUGGAGAUUCUCAUCGCACAGAUGCCAUUGAAGAACUGAAGUCCGCCUUCGAGUCAGCCGAACGAUCAAGUCCAGGAGUUACAGAUGCAUUUAUUCGUGAUUUGUUCACAAAAUUAAUACCUAAUAUGACUGAAUCAAGGAUUAGGCAAGCACACGAUAACUUGUCUCGGUGAAACUCUGGUAAGACGUUAAGUGAAGAUGUGAGAAAUGUGUAUUUGCUGCUUUGUUAGUGAUAAUCUUAACCAAAGGUGUGGUGACCACCUUUCAAAUCUACCAAAAUGCUACAUGUGAGCGUGUGACUCGACAACUUUUGAUGUGGAAUAGAAACUGAAUAUCCCCAGUGAGACCUCUUCCAGUCUUGUCCAGUGUGCAAAUCGAGUUCUCAAUACAUUUUUCCUUGCUUAUUUUUUCUACUGUUCUACUGUUAGAACUUGAAUAUUAUGUGGGGCUUGUUUUUAUCAGUAUCCUGUACAGGCAAAUGUAUCAUUUUGAAAGUAAUCUUUGGAAAAACCUGCUUGCAAGCUUUGGAAGUUUAAUUUUCAGUGAAAAGAAAUGGAACAAGAGGUUGAGAUCACAUGAACAAUGGGAAAACUGUUCCUUGAGUGAGACACGAAAACCGGCGUGGCAUUGUACAUAACCUUUGACCUCAGUGCCUCAAAUGCAGUGUCUUGAUUGGUGCCCACAUGUGGGUGGGCUCUGUGCAGCACCCAAUUCCUGGUAAUGAUUAUUUCCUUUCAAUUCUGCUUAAUUUUCUUUCCUUCCAAUUAUGUUUUCAUCUUUCACCUAAAUCUACAGAUUCAGUACAUUACCAAAAUUAUUUAAAGUAAAAAAUUUACCAAUUAAAUUAAAGAUUGAAAUUCUUUAUUUGCGCAUAACUUGAAGACUGAAAUUAAGAAUUUAUUACCAAGGAGAAGGGAAACCCUUACCCUUGUUCUGUAACAUACUAGUGUAAAUAACGUGAAAAUGUGUGUGUGUGUUUUUGAAAGGUGUAAAUAUAUUUUGUCGGUUUUACCUAUAAAGAAUCAAAUGUAGUUUUGGUUUAUGAAGCAAACGGAUCCCACCCUCUAAAUCCAUAUCAUAGUUACUGCUGAAUUGAACUGCAUAUGGUUUUGUUUUAUGAGGCUUGUUUCAAAACUCUUGUCAUUAGCUAAUAAUGUUCAUCCUUAGUGGUGACUAAUUUCCAGCCAGUCUCUUUGAAAGUAAUUUGAUUUUACUGGUGAAAUUUGAAUUUGGCUAGGGGUGCCAUCAUGGCUGUGUUUGCGAGAGUAAUUUUUAUUCAUCAUCCCACAUUUCUUUUUCGACUCUGAAAUUGAAAUUAAAUUACAGGAAUUGAAAUUGGGUCUGAAAUGUAAGCCACUGCUUGAAUAUCUCUGCCAUAUAUCCCUUGUGAUACUUGUCCAAUUUUAGUAGCCAAAGAUGUUACAAUUUUUCUUUGUUAUUGGGCACGUCGUCUUCUAUAGUGUCAAAGACAUUGUAGGUUGUAUCUUAUCUUUGAUUUUAAUGUCUGUGCUAUUUAUGGCAGUUCUAUUUCUUUUAUUUUCCUUUUGUUGAACAAGAAAUUCCUUACAAAACAACAUUCCAGAACUGGUGAUUUUCUUGUUAACGGAGUAGGUUUGAUUUUCACCUAGUCGUACUUUGGUAAUGUGACAUUUAAGUUACUGUAUACUUUUGUUACUUAUUUUUUUUUAGUAAUUGAUCAGAAUUAUUAAUUGAAACCUGUUCAUCUUGUGUAAGGAGUGGUUCUACCUUAAGGUACAAGCAAAAUUGUGCAUAAUUUCUGCUUGGAGUAAAAGACUUUCCUCUGGAGCAUUAUUCGCUGUUCUCAUUUUCUACAAUUAAAAAAAAAUUUUAAAUCAUUAACAAUAUAGGGUGCUGUGAUGUUGAGAAUUUGGAAAAAGAAAAAAAACUACAAUUAACAUUUUAAAAUGGGUUAAUAUUUUUUAUGUAAUUUGAUAUGAAACCUGAAUGACUUUCAUAUGGCUAGAGAAAAUUAAAUUUUAUUGUAUUCAUCACACAUUCUUUACGGUAAUUAUAUUCCCAGCUAAAGUUCCUUAUAAUCAAAAUGUGUGAAAUUCUGGUCAAAUUAACAAAUAGCUAAGUACAUCUCUAAAACCAGUGUUAUAUGCCAGGGAAUGGCAGUUGUCUUACUCCAUCAUGUAUUCAACAGUUGCCAAAUUCUGUAAAUAGCAUAGUUUUAAGUGUAAAUACAAAUUAAUUUUAGUUUUUCCUUGAAAUAAUGUUUGCCAAGAGAAACUACAACCUUCUGCAAGUGCUGCACCAUUCAUAUACCCUUUUUCUUAUGGAAGCCUUUAAAAAUUUUUUGCACAUGGAUUUUGCAAUUUACGUGAAAACCCUGUAAUUUGGUCAUCAUAAUUCUAAUGAAUACUGCUCCAGUAGGGUAUUCUUUUUCUGUCUGUCCAAGUGCAAAGCCAUUCAAUUCCGCCGAAGCUGAGAUUCUGUGAUGUGUUGUCAAACAGUAGGGAUUAAACAUCAAUUGUAAGAACUAUGCUUCGCGUGUGAUUUUUCUACGUACCAAUUUACGGUUUUGUUGAUUGUACUGAUAAGCUUAAAAAAUCACAUUCCAAACUGAUGCAUAUUUUAUUUUCUUUGCAUCACUUUUACAGUAUUUUAUUUCUGAACAUAAGAGGUUCUGCUAUACUGUCUUUGAUAAGUGGUAAGUAUUUGAAAUUGCAAAGCACUUGCGCUGUCAAAGUACUAUCAGUCAGCCUUACCCAUAUGUACUUAUGAAUGUUGGUUCAUCAUAGUUUUUUACUUUAUAAUCUUUUUGCUUUUUAUUUACCAAAAGCGACAAAUUUUUAUUUACCAAAAAUUACUUAAAACUUUGUCAUCCAAUUAGUUCAUAGGUACGUGUUAAUUCAAUCUUCCAAGUUUUUGCCUUCUGGGACUAUUCUUAAGAAGUUUUGUAUAUAUAUAUCUCAUCCCCCUGCUACUGUUAAUGCAGAUUAUUGUAAGUAAAUGAUUUAUCUUGUUGUAGGGAGGACAUUUUCUUUCAUCAAAGAAUGGUCCUCUACCUUGUAUGUACAGUAUGAUGGUUGAUGAAUUAAUAAAUCUAGUAGAACAAUCAUGUAA